AUGCGCUUCGCGACGACUACUACGAGGGUGAAGGUCGUGGAUUUUACGUUGUAUGGCGGCCCCGAGCAGCCCGUCGAUUUGGCGCCACCUGGUGGCGAGCAGGCCGCGCUGGGCCGCGGUGCCGACGGCGGCCAUGCGCGCCCCCUCGAGGGCGGCGAGGCGCCCCCGCACGACGCCGCGGCG